AGCUACUUAAAGCUGCACUUCAUUGUUUAUCAGGGUGAAGAGAGAAGCUUUAUCUACAGUAACAGUAGAAUACAACAUGAUGCAGACAUUUUGCAGUGGACAAAACUCUUCUACAAAGAGAGGAAGUGUCUGAAUAACCUGAAAUAAACUGGAUUGACCAAGUCUACACCCACUAUGGAGGAGAUCAGAGAAGUGGAGGAUCUUCCUGCAGCAUGUUCUGUCUGUGAGGAUGAUCAUCAACAGACUGAUACAGGAGAGCCUGUCCCUCCUGCAUCAGUAACAGUUUCCAGUAUCAGCAGUGAGUCAGUGUCUCUGCAGUGGGACACUCCUGCUGGUGGAGUGGAGAGCUACAAUGUGACUUGUUGCAAUGAAAGAGAAAUAAUACAAGAGCUGAGGACAGAUACAAACAGUGCGAUCUUCAAAAGCCUGAGGCCAGGGGAGUGUUACUACUUCUAUGUUUCUACACAACUUAAAAAUGGAAGAAGAAGCAGGCCAACUGAGACAUCUGCCAAAAUAAAGACACAACUGGAGAGAUUGUUGGAGGAUCUUGGUUUGGAGCAGCACUACAAAGAGAAGCUGUCACUCACACAAAUACUAAAGAUUGACAAAAAAACUAUUACUGAUGAACCUGCUAAAUGUUAUUCAGACCUUCCAUGGUAUUUUUUAAAGAAACUGAUGAUGCUUAAUGUGGCAGCUAUGAAUGUACAAUGUAAAUCUACAGAUCAGUCAAACUGUGAUGCUGCAUCAGAGAGUAAAAAGUUAGAUUUGAAAAAUCUAUUCAACAGUCUAAACUCAGCUGACAUGUUAAACCCCCUUGACUUAAUCACUGCUCUCUUUCUAUCCUCUGAUGGUUUUGUGCAGCAGGAAAUGACUCUCAAGAUGUCUAUGUGUCAGUUCUCUGUGCCUCUGCUGCUUCCUAAUUGUGACACACAGCAGUGUACACUUAUGCUGUGGGCCAUGAGAGACAUUGUUAAGAGGUACAGACCUCAGUCUCUGUCAGACUCCAAGGGCUUCAUUGAAGAGAGAAUUGUUCUUUCUGAACUUCCCAUGGUUUCUUUUGUGAGGCUGGGUGAGUGCACCUUGUCAAAGUCCGAGAUCCUCAACAAGCUUCUGAGCACUUCUCAGCAAUACCAUGACACCUUUGUUCACCACAACAUGGAGGGUGGAGACAGUCCAAGAAGAAUAUCCAAUGGACUGACUGAAAUUACUUGGUAUCUUCCUGGUGGAAACAAGAACAUGGACAUUUUCAGUGAGCCUGUGGCUGUUGCUAACCUUCGUGGGGACAUUGCUUCAUUUGAAACCCAAUAUUCAUUUCUGUGUCACACAUCUGCAGCAGUUUUUGUCUUCUUUGACAAUUUAGACUCAGGGUGCAAUCUGCUGACCAACCAAACUGGCAAGGCACAGAUCUUCUUGGUGGGUAAUCAACAGGACAAGAGCUUCAGUUUAGACGAUAUAGAAAAUGUGGCAACCCAGUUAGACUUGACUAAUAAUAAUAUCAUUAUUAAAACAAAACAGAAAAAUUAUGCAGACUUUGUCAAAAGUUUGAGGAAGGCAGUCAGUGAUGUAGUUGAGAACUCACAAGUGAAGAUGCGAAUAGAGCAGAUGGCUGACAUUGCCCUUGAACUUGGGGUUUUGGUUGAUGAAGAUGCUUCAGAGUGCAAGACUGGAAAGAAAAAUGCAGAUGCCAUCACUGAAGAAAUCCAAGACAUCCUGAAAUACAAAGAAGAACAGCUUCCCUUGCAAGGUGAAAUAUGGAAGGAGCUGACUCGCAUAGAGAAGGAAGAAUUCCGGCUUCAAAAUGUUGGAUCUAAAAACAUAGAGGAGUAUAAAAGUGAUCUCCAGAUGAAGAAAAGAGAACUGCAUCAAAAACAGAACUCUUAUGACAUGUCCACUGCUAUGACACACUUCAUCAAUGCAAUAUCAAGUCCUGGGACAGAGAGACUUUACUUUCUGAAAUGGAUGCGAAUGAACCUUGAUAACGUGUCUCGUGAAAAACUGUCUGGACUCAGGGAGCGGUACAAAGAAAAAUGCAAGAAUUCUGAAAACAAAGAGGAGAUCAUGAAAAUAGACAAACAGCUCUCUAACAGCUCACUGGGGACUGAACACUUCUUCCGUGAAAUGAGUCAGAUCUACGAGGCUUCACUUUCUCUUCCAGAGAAAAACCCAACACGUCGACAGUUACAGCAUUUACCCAAACUCUGUGCUGAACUGUUGCUUGAUGGAUUUCCCCUUGAGCUGGUAGAUGGAGAUGCAUCCAACAUACCUCUCAGAUGGGUGAGUGCUGUUCUCUCUCAGCUCAAUGUCUUGGUGUCUCCAAAGAACAAGAUACGAGUUGUCACCGUUCUUGGAGUUCAGAGCACAGGAAAGUCCACUCUCCUUAAUACCAUGUUUGGAGUGCAGUUUGCAGUCAGCAGUGGUCGAUGCACUCGAGGUGCCUUCAUGUUGCUCAUCAGAAUCAAUGAAGAUGCUAAGAAACUUCUCAAAUGUGACUUCAUGGUGAUCAUUGACACUGAGGGCUUAAAGUCCCCAGAGCUGGCACAGCUGGACAACAGUUAUGAGCAUGACAAUGAGCUUGCAACACUUGUUGUAGGGCUGAGUGAUGUCACCAUUAUUAAUAUUGCAAUGGAGAAUUCAUCAGAAAUGAAGGACAUCCUACAGAUAGUUGUGCAUGCUUUUCUCAGGAUGAAGGAGGUGGGUAAAAAGCCUAAAUGUCAGUUUGUUCACCAGAACGUGUCGGAUGUUUCCGCCCAUGACAAGAACUUACGAGACAGGAAACUGCUCUUGCAACAGCUGAAUGAGAUGACCCAGGCAGCAGCAAAAAUGGAACGGAAAGAGGAGAACAAGAGCUUCACUGAUGUGAUGGAGUACUGCCCAGACACGGGGAACUGGUACAUACCUGGACUCUGGAAUGGAAACCCACCAAUGGCACCAGUCAAUGCAGGAUACAGUGAGGCUGUAUAUGAGCUCAAGAAGAACAUCAUCAAGCUACUGGGAGAUUGUCAGUCAUCUACCAAUAACAUUGAUGAGUUUGAAGAGUGGGUGAAAAGCUUGUGGAACGCAGUAAAGCAUGAAAACUUCAUCUUCAGUUUCAGAAACAGCCUGGUCGCUGACGCAUACAUGAAGCUCUGCACAGAAUACAACAAAUGGGAAUGGGAAUGUAAAAAGGAAAUGUAUACCUGGGUGACAAAUACAGAAAUGAGAAUUUCCAAUUUUGGUACAGUUGUAGAUAACUCUCAGGUAUCCAACAUGAGAGAUUUUCUGACAAGUUUGAAAACUGAAGCCUCCGCAGAGCUGUCUACAUGGGAGAAAAAGCUUCGCAACAAUCUGUCAGAAUACUUCAAGCAAACAGAAGGUCACGUCUAUCUGGUUGAAGGAUACAAAGAGGAGUUCUCAAACAGUAUAAAGAGCCUUCGGCGAGAAAUGGAGAGAUCUGUAGUUUAUCAGCUGACAGUAGCAGCUGACAUCAAAACUGGAAUGACAGAACUCGACAGGAUCAAGAAGAAUCAUACGAAAGAAAUUGAAAAAGCAGUGCAUGCUUUAAUUGAUGAAUGUCGAAAGAAAAAAGUUCAGAUUACAGACACAGAGCUGGACAACAGAUUUGAUGAGAUGUGGAAGGAAACACUGGAGAAACUGUCUUCUACUAAACUAAAGGCCACAGAUGUCUUCACUAGAGUAGAUCACUGCCUCAGAUCAAAUAUGUCACAUAGGGGAGGUCACGCAAGUGAACUGUUAAGUCAGAAAAACCUGAGAGAGUGUGGACUGGAACCUUUUAAAUAUACAGCUGAGGGAUUCUUCAACCAAUUGAAACAGACAGUGAGCAAGUUGUUCAAUCUUAAAGAUCACAUCAAGGUUGUACAAAACAUGGCUGACAACAUCAUAGAUACCUGCACUCUGUCUGUGGAUGAAAAAAUGAACAGAAAGACCAAGUACCAUGAUACUUACAUCCAGGAGAUCCUACACAUCAUCGAUGAGAGUCUGAAAAAUAAACCAGAUGUUAAGAUAGACAUGGAGUUUGAAGUCUCUCUAAAACAGCACAUCUGUGGAUCUACAGCCAGAAACUUCCAGAAGAUGCAUGAUGAUUUUAUACAAGUAAAUGACCCCUAUAGAUGCCUGAUGAAAAACAAGGCAAAAUAUUGUGCUGAUUUCAAAGACGUGUUCCAUGAACGAGACCAGUGUCAGAAGAAGGCACAAGAAUUCACGGACCAAUGCCUGAAGCCUGCAGUUGAGGUCUUUGUCAAUCGUUCUCUGGGUCCUAAUAUCAUCGAUGAAAUGCUGAAACAAGAGCAGUUCAGCACAAGGAUGUCUUUCCAGUAUUCACUUUUACUGGAUUUACUGUCAAAGAACAAAUUUAAAGACUAUUUGAGAUACAACAGAUCUUAUGAGAGUUUCAUAAAGAAAAGAAUACUUGAACAAAUAGAAGAGUGUUUUUCAAGCUGCUCUGCAACACUUGAGUUUGAGGAGCGACAUCUUCAGUCAAGUAUCAGCAGCAUAAACGACGCCAUCAAAAAGGCCAAAGCAGGAAAGAGUGGUGACAUGAAGACAUUUGUUGAAAGAAUCUGCAAAGAACUUGGAGAUAAACUGGUCAUUUCCCAGGAUGCUCUUGGUGCUUUCAUGAUCCUGAACAAUGCCAACCAAGAACAGUUUGCUGACUGGCUCAUAGUGUCUGUGAAGGACAUGGCAGAAGCUCUUAGAGAAAAGUUUGAAAAAUCAAACAUCAAAACGAAACUACAACAUCUCCAUGUGCAGCCCCAGAAUGAGCUCUUCAUCACAGUGAUUGGAUGUGGCAAACAGUGUCCAUUCUGUGGUGCUCCUUGUGAUGCAGGAGGAAGAGACCAUACGAAGCAUUUUACUUCACUGCAUCGGCCACAGGGUCUGGAAAUACACAAGUGGGAUCAAUCAAAAAAACUUAUCACUGACAUAUGCUCAUCUUUGGUGAAGAGUGACACUUAUUUUCGCUGUAGUGCUACAAACAAUGAAUGGCACCCUUACAAGCAUUACCAUGAAAUCUUCCCAGGCUGGGAUAUUCGUCCAGAUGUGAGCCUUCAGGCAUCAGACUACUGGAAAUAUGUGAUGACAAAGUACAACAAGGAGUUUGCUGAAGCAUAUGAUGCAAACCCUGCUGAUAUUCCAUCCACCUGGUAUAAUAUCACACCAGAGAAGGCAAAACAAAGUCUCAAAGAGUCAUUUAGCAUCAAGUGAUUCUAACCAGUGAACAUUUGUCCUCAUGUUUUUCUCUAUAAUAUAAAGGAACCUCCUUUAUAAUAAUAACUUCACUAUAGUUAAGUAUCAAGUCAGUUCACUCAGAUAUUUAACCACCAUGACUUUCAAUAGAGAAAUACCAGAGAUUUACUGAAGUUUGUUUCCAUUACCUGAGUUUGCAUUUUAGAAACAAAGUUGCUACAAGUGAUUAGUUACAUACAUUUUUGAAUAAUGACAAAAAUCAUUCAGAGCUGUUUCUUUGUUUCAAAAAUAUGAUAUGGAACUUUUUUGUUUUGUUUUGUUUUGUUUCUGUGCCGUGUGUGAUUUACUUUUCUUCUUCCUCACUUAGCCUGGAUAAUACGAUGGGAAGAGGGUGUUGACAAAGAAUUUAAAUAAGUUUGUGUGAUUCAUGGUAGGCAAGUUAGUGCUAGGCAAAUUACACGUGGGUUACCUGGGUACAACUUGUUGAGGAGAAAUUUGUAAGGAAAACAUUCUCACUGAUGGAGGUUUUCCAGAAAAGUCGGAGAAAAGGGGUGUGAUAAAUGUACUUUGUUCUUAAAAGAAAUUAAAUGUGAUAGUGUGCAUGACUUGCAUCUGAAAAGAUUAGUGCUUCAUUAGAACUACAAACAGCUAUGUAUGAUCACAUAUACCGUAAUAUGCAGUAUUUAAUGCUUUUGUUGUUUAUAAUAGAUUAUGGAAAUGUUUUUUCUGCACCUCAAGUCAGGUGGUUUUGGUUUCAACAAAGAGAGAAAAAACAAGUGAGAAUUUUCAAUGAAAACCAAGUUUCCAAGCAGUGAGUGUGUAUCAUUAUUUUUGUAAAUGUUUGACAUCAUGGAGCAUUAGUCAUGUGCUUGAAUGCACCAUCAACAUGACACAGGGAUGUGCAUAAAGUCUUAGUUUGGCUGUGAUGGAGCCAGUGUGUGAACAACAAGGCUCAGUGUGUUUCCACUGUUUAACAAUCAUGAUCAGAGUGUGACAGUGAACUGAACCUCUUUUGUUGAGUCGAAUCUAAUCAUUUGUACACAGUAUAUUACAUGAGCUGCUUGUGUAAAUUUUCCUAAUAAAAGAAUAGAUCACAAUAAGCCACAAUCAUUUCAUGAGAAGAGAAAAAAAACAAACAUCUUAUUCGAACUGCGUUUGCUUAAACAGUUCAUCUUCUUGUUCUUACAUUGUUUACUCAGAUUUUAUUACAUUUAUUAAAUGGAUGUGCAUGUAGACCAGGGGUAUCCAAUUAAAAUUCAGAGAGGUCCAGUUA